UCCAGUGCGCAUCUAUCAUCGCAAGACGAACAAUAAUUCUCAGUUCUUGAACUGUUAGCCACUCUUUCAACCACUCACCACAGUCUUUACAUUGCACAUUAUUUCAACUUUGCCUUACUUUAUUUGGAACGCUGCACAAUCUUCUCUAAAUCCAACUCUCGCCAAUCACCAUGAAGUUCUCCAUCAUCGCCGCUUCGCUCGUCGCCGUCGUUGCGGCCCAAUACAGCGAGGAGGUCUGCUCUGGCGCUGUCACUGUCACUGUCACCGAGACUCUCUCUUAUGGCAUUCACACACCCAGCGCCCCGGCCUCGCUCGCCGUUACCGCCCCUGCCCCCUACCCCACUGGCAGCGGUGCCGCCAUCCCUCCAGUCGUUCCCACCGGCACUGUCCUGACCCCACUCCCUUCCGAGGUCGGCACCAUUGCGCCCUCCGGCACCGGUGCGUAUAGCGCGCCUGUUUCUGAGUUUACUGGUGCUGCAUCCGGUGUCAAGGUUGGCGGUUUUGUUGCUGGUGUCGGUGCCGUUGCCGCGCUGUUCUUGUAGUUGAAGAUCUGUGGGGUACGAAUGGGACCGUGAGCGUGUCUAGACGUAGAGGCAAUCUAGAUAGAUAAUAUACCCAUCUGACAUUCGAC